AUGCGUUACUCGCGUUGUUGGGACCGCUUCGAACCUUACUCGCAUGAAGACGAAAGUGAUUUUGAUCCGACGUUGCAAUUUUAUCGUGGCGAACUAUUGGAUCACGACACUAUUCAAGACAUGAACCUACUUUCGCUUUCCGUUACCAACCCGUCCGAAGAAGAAACUCAGGCUGAUAACGUCGGCGAAGACAUGUCACCCAUCCAAAUGAUGGAAUCCAUCUUCACUGAUCUGAGCAAAGAUGAACUCGACCAGGUUUUAGCAAAGCACGAUUACGAUGUCGAUCGAGCCAUGGAAUAUCUCAUUCACCGAAACACCACCGAAGUCGAGAUGCCUCCACCUUUACCCGUGCCCGCUGAUACAGUGGUUAAAAAACGCCAAGUGUGUCGUCAUUAUCUCGCCGGUGAAUGCUAUCGCAAAGAUUGCUGGUUUGCUCACGAUCUCCAAGUCAAGGUGUGCAAGUUCUGGUUGCAAGGAUCGUGCCUCAAGGGUGAUUCAUGCGAGUUCUCACAUUACAUUGACGUACAAGAAGUAGCGACGAAAAUCACCAAGGAAACCAAGCCUGAGAUCAAAUUUAAUGGAAAUGAUUACCCAGAGCUAUCCAGUCGACCCACCAAAAAGUCAUCUCCCCAAGUGGCCGUAUCAUCCCAAGAAGAAUUUCCCUCGCUCACAUCGGCUGCGAAAAUGCGGUCGGCAAGACCAGCCGCGAAGAUCAUCAACUUUGCCGAAGCUGCCAAGAAAAAAGCAUCCAGCAACACCAGUGCGAACAAAAAAUCGCUCAAAUCAGUUCAGACCAAUGCUAUUUCCAAACAACGUUUAAGGCAACCUGUUCGCAUUCCAUGGCUGGAAACAGGGAGCGCGUUGAAUGCGACCUAUCUUGAGCAGCGAAAACAAGCCAUCGAAUACGGUAUGUUGCGCAAUCGGUUCUUCAGUCGUGCAACGGAAUUUUACCUCAACGGCGACGGUGCCAAGGCAAAAGCCUAUUCGUUGAAAGCCAAACACUACAACCGUUUGAUGCAAGAGAUGCAUACCGAAGCCAGCCGACGCAUUUUUGAGCAGCGGAAUCAAAGCGAAGCAUUUGUUGAUCUCCACGGUUUGCAUGUGGAUGAAGCACUGGAUAUUCUUGAGGAACGAUUGGAUAAAUUGAAGGGAUAUCAAGGUACCAUUUACAUUGUUACCGGCACAGGGCAUCAUUCCGGCAGUACGGGGUUGAGCAAGAAACAGAGUAAAUUGAAACCAAAUGUCGAGCAAUAUCUGAAGGAUAGAAACGUCGUGUUUGCAGAAACUAGUGUUGUCGGAGAUAAAAGAGGCGGCGUUUUCGCUGUCGAUCUUUCUCGGUGA